GCCGUCGUGAGUCUAGCUCGCAGGAGGAGGAGCUCAUCGACGGCUUCGCCAUCGCCAGCUUCAGCACCCUGGAGGCCUUGGAGAAGGACAUGGCCCUAAAGCCACACGAGCGGAAGGAAAAAUGGGAACGCCGCCUCAUCAAGAAGCCCCGGGAGCCAGAAAACUGCCCCUCAGCAGAGCUCAGUGAGAACGGGCGGCCCCUGGAGGCAGGCAGCCCAGAGCAGGACUUGGAACCUGCCUGCGACCGGGGCAAGAAGGUUCCACUACAGCCCACCAAGCAGGUGUGCUCCCCAGAAGGGGGGCCGCUCCCAGCCAACCCCUGGGACCAGAACAGCCCGGCCCAACGCCAGCAGCAGCUCCAGCCCAGCCAGCCCCAAGGGUCACCCCCAGCCCCGUGUCAGCGCUGCCAGCCCCACCAGGUGCUCCCGGACCCCGGGCAGCACUGCCAGCCCCAGCGGUCACUCCCGGGUCAGCGCAGCUGGCCCCAUCGGUCACUUCUGGGUCUCAGACAGCCUUGCCGGCCCCGGCGGUCACUUCUGGGCCCGGGUCAGUCCUGCCAGCCCCAGCAGCUGCUUCCAGCCCCAGGUCAGCACUGCCGGCCCCAGCAGCCACUCCUGGCCCAGCCCUCCCGACCCCACUGGGUUCUUCCCAGGCCCCGGCCCCGCUGCCGGCACCUAUCCUCGCUCGCGCCGUGGCACCGCUGCCGGCCACUGCGCUCGCUCCUGGUGCCGUGCCCCCGCUGCCGGCCACUGCUGUCUCUCGUGGCCCCUUGCCCCAGCUGCCGGCCGCUGCGCUCCCUCCUGGCCCUGCGGCUGCGAUGCCGGCCAGUGAGGUCCUGGGCGGUCCCGUGUCACCGCCACCAGCCAAGUAGGGCGUCGUCAGGUCAGCGUGACCGGCCGCUGCGCUCCCUGCUGGCCCAUUGCCCGCGGUGCCAACCCCCACGCUCACUCCUUACUUUGGGCCCACGCCGCCGCCCUCCCCGCUCCCUCCUGGGCCCCUGCCAGUGCUGCCAGCCUCGCAGACCCCUCCUGGGCCACCCCAGCCGUCCUCGGCGGCCCUUGCUGGCCCUUGAUCAGGACCAGCAAGUAAGCAAAGUGCCCAAGCGGCCCAGCCUGCUGGGCCCUGGACAGCCCCGCCUACCUAAACGGCCAUUCAUGGUCCCGGGACGGCCCCACUCAGCCAAGAGACCACUCAUGGGCGUGGGUCAGCCCUGUCAGCCCCUGAGGUCACUUCUUGGCCCUGGACAGCCUCGCAAGCCCCGGCCGUUACUGCCAAUACCAGAGCGGCCGUCGCUCCUCGGCCGGCCCACCCGCCGCCCACUGCUGGGACACCCAUGCCAGCCUCGGUGGUCACUUCUGGAUUUGGGUCAGGCCCACAGACCGCAUGUCUCACUCCUGGCCCCGGGCCAUCCCUGCCGACCCUUGAGGUCUCAACGGACUCGAUCGUCCACUCUGGGGGUGGCCCGCCAGGCCCCCUAUGUGAGCCCUGGGGCCUGACCCCCAGCAGGACCCUCUCUGGAUAUACCCUCCGGACCUCACUGGCGGCCGGGCAUCGGAGGGCCCAGGUUGCACCGAGCUGUCUGCCGUCGUGACUGAGCCCGCCAGAACCGCCGUGCGCGAAGAGGAGAUGGCUCCAGCCUCCCCCUGCCCACGUCUGCUCAGGGCACCCUGCACUGAGCACUCCCUGUGGUGCGUGUGUCCCUGAGGGGCAGCUCCCGGGGCUCAGAGCCAGGGUCCCCAGCUUCUUCCUGUGCCUCUGAAAUGCCAACACUGUUGUCACUGAUCCUCCACUGCGCCCUGUGCCUGGGGAGUGAGAGAAUGUGUGUGAGUGUGAGAUAGUGUGUGUGUGCUCGCUCGUGUGUAUGAUGCGCCUGGUUCCCCCACCCCCACCCCCCAGACAGUGGGGACCCGCUGGGGAGUGAGAGAGAGUGUAUGUGUCUAUGUGCCUGUGUAAGAUAGGGUGAGAUGAUAUGUGGGGGGGCCUGCUGGUGGUGGGUGGCUGGCAGGGCUCAUCCAGUCCCCCAGCUCGGCACCCUGUUAGUUAGGGUUGUCCCUGGACUCUGGCCCCGUUCCCCGGAGUGCCCACCCUCAGGUCAUGGCCUCGCCGGCCCGGCCUUAUCUCAGGGCAGCCUCAUUGGCCAUGGCGCCACACGCCAUGGUGGCAGCCUCCCAAGUCGCCCUGUUUUCUGGGCGGGGUCCACGUUCCCCAUGCCAUGUUGGUUCUCAGGCCCAGGCAGGCAUCCCUGCCUCCUGGGCCCCUCCCCCCUGCCCACCUCUCCAAGGACCUACGCACACAGGCCUAGCAGUGGGGACAGCGGCAGGUUUACAGGCGUCUGGUGGUCGCCCCACCCCACCCCCGCUCGGGAACACGGGUUUAUUUUUCUGAUUAAAGGAAAUAAAGAGUCCCGUGUUGUUACUU